AUGGCAGAGAAAAAAUCGGUCCAUUUCUCGAGUAUUUUAGAGGAAACAGUGGAUGGUAGUUCAACUGCAAGCUCUGAAGUUGACGCAAUUUCCUUCGCUCUUGGUGGAAUGGACUUUGAGGAAGUAUAUAUUGCUAGUUUGUCAAGAAGUGCCCAAAAAUACCGUGUUCCGGCUGCCGACACUGAUGAGCAAAGAACUAGGCCUGGAAGGCGGAAAGUAUCCUUACUGACGCUUGGUUUCAUCUUUCUGCUUGGCAUUGGAGCAUUGUCAAUCUAUUUCAUUACGCGAGAACUGAGCAAUAGAGAGAGGAACAGUAACAGUAAAAAAGUCGGUGACAAACAAACGGGAGUCUUGGUUGAAAACACCGUUUUACAGGGAAAUUUUUCACUUUCUCCACAAGCGACUCGCAUAAGUAAUUCCUCUUUGAGGGGUAAGUGUUAUUCCUUAUUGCCUUGUCCAGUUCAGAUUAAUGAAUUGAACUAAAGUAGGAAACGAUUUAUUGAUUCAUUUCGCCUCUAUGAAUUGUUAAGCCUUCCCCUAAGAAUGAACCUCCAUGUAUCUGUACAACCAGCUAGAACAAAAGUAAAGAGUGCUUAAUCAGGGAUUCAUAUCAUUGCUUACAACCACCGUGCUAAAACCGACACCUAACAAAUAGAACUAUUUACGGGGAAAAGAGAGAAAAAAAAAGCUUAAAGCAAUUUACAAAGUUGCUUCCAAUAAUUGAGAAGUAAUUAUAAGUUUCUUAUUUUCUACACUGCAGAAUUUUUUUUCUUUCUGAUGUUGGUAAUCACACAUAAACAAAGCCUCUGAAUACGUGAAUAAGGUUUAGUAUCUGAUAAGAAUUUAUGUAUAAAUGUUGGAAUCUUAGUUUAAUUAAAUAAAAUGAUGCGCAUUAGUAAAUAAAAAAAAGCACGAAAAUGUUCAGAAACUGUCCCGGUAAUUGAAAACUUUAAUGAGAUGAUUAGACUGCAGUUAUGAAACUCAAGUAUCCUUUUUUUAACAAACAAUUGAGGCAGUUUUUGAGCAAUUCGUUGUAAGCCCUCAAAGUGAGGUUUUGUUACUCCCCACAUUGCGGUAAUGUGUUUCCGUUUUCACAUUUGCCAUAGUGAGAAAUUUUUGCUUUCUUAUACAGCUUAGGAGCACCUGUCAGCUGGUGAACCCUUAAUUAACAGUUUUUAGCACCUGCAUUACUACACGAUGCAUGUGCGGCCAUAUUGUUAACAGUGAUAGCAGAGUGCUCUAAUGAUACACUUUGUCUUAAGUUUUAGAAACCAGUAACAAGUACAUCCCUGCAUUUUCUGUGAGGCCAUCGCCAAUUUUUCUAGACCACACGGGGUUGCAGACAACCAUGAAGGUUCAAAUGUCGUCGGGUUUAUCCACUGAGACUGUACCAGGAAAACAAACAACAACCUCCGCUCCAUUUGUCUCAACAUUAGUGUUAAGAAGCGCGCCUUCCCAUUCCCUUCUAAGACAAGAGUAUUCUCUUCUUCUGAAGACGACAGAAAAAAACAAUAUAUCUUCGGGAACUCAAUUCUCUAGAUUCUAUGAACUAACGUCUAGUGGCUUAAGUGUACAUAAAGGCCCGGUAUCGUCCAAAGAAUUUAUCCCCAACAUCGCCGCGUCACGGUCUAUCGAAGACAGCAGAGCAAAAAUGUUUAACUCUAUCGUCACUGUUUCACCUCAGUUCAAAGCUAAAACUAGUAAAAGUGUAAGGGCGAAAGUCUUCGUAAUCUCAAGCCCAGGAAAAACUGGAGGUGGAACAAAAGAACUUCAGCAAACAAGGAUCUUCACAUCGGUGAGAAACAAUGGGUUGUUUUCCAGUAUUGAGAACGCAACAGCUGAGAGUUUGAAAGGAAAGUACCUCAAUCGAUCGGAAAUUAUGAUAACCUCCGAAUCAGCACGGUCGACGAGUCACUUGGUCAAAAAUAGCAAUGAGAAGAGCCUAUCCUCGACCAAAAUUUUUUCUUCAUGGUCGCAAAUAAUGACCCAGGUACAGCAAUUUCUGUCUUUUUCGCCACGACAGUCAAGAGGUCAAAGUUCUUUGAAAACUUCAAUACCAGGUAGUUCGACAACCAUGGUAAAAUGGAGUCAAUUUGCCCUGCUGUCCUUGCUAAUACCGACUUCAGCAAUCGAAGUUUCUUUCCAUACUGAAGACCAGUCCAGCAGUUUACGUCAGGAUUUAUCAAGCACUGCAUCUUUCCCCUCUCUGCUUACUACGCGCGGUGAAAUGUCCGCCACAAUAAGGAAAACCCACGCAACUAAACACACAACUUCAGCAACAGCUUCUUCCCACUUGCACGUUAUAAACAAUGAGGUAACUGAGGGGGAUACAUCCACAACAAUUAGAAAAAUCUACGCUACUAAACACACAGUGGUAGCAUCAGCAACCGUUUCUUCCCCCUUACACGCGAUAGCUAGCAAAGAUGUAACCCAGGCGUCAGUGUUUCUUUCUUUUCUCCAUUUGCCUAAAGAGAGUUCGGGAACAAUGAAAAAAAUCCUCGCUACUAAACGCACAACGGGGAGUUCGGCAACUGAUUCUCCCCAGACCAUAACAAGUACGAAGAUAACCGAAGCAUGGGAAAGCGAUGAUGGUAAUGGUAAAACAUCGUUUGACGGUCCAUUGACAAUGAGUUCCUUGAACACUUUAAUCCUCACGCCCUACUUCACUGGUGAUAAUGUAUUGACAAUUAACGAUAGUGUCUCAACGCAAACGCCUCGGAAGUCUUCUACCUUACUUCUGUCGAUGACUCACCGACCUACUAACACAACAUCAACUUGCAGCAAACUGAAUAUCAGGCUUGGAACUCUUUCGCAUGCAUUCGUAGCGAAAGCAACGGUAACUCGUUCAAGGUCAAUGCAGGUGUCGUUAUUUUCAAGGCCCUCUUCUUCGUUACAAUUCGUCUCGAAGGUUUCCCCUCAGAGAAAACACCGAACUCCAACAACUAUAACCUCUGAUGCACCUUUCAGUUACACUAACUCAGACUUGAAUAGCCACACUUUGUCAGCUUGGACAGUCUUUUAUCUUCAUAGCAACUUCGAACGUCCAGAAACUAUUACCCCUCAUGCAACCUCAGCAACCUCAAGUACUUUAGGCAAGACUAGCGCAACUUUACAGGCUGCCCAACCCUUAUCAACGGUCACAAUAGACUUAAGAGUCACAAGGAUUCCUCCUAUCGCAGCUUCUGCUCCUGCGCAUCAUAAGACGACAAAAGGCAUAAACGAAAGUCGUUCCAGUCAACAAACACUUUCCUCCAGCCCGGCCAGAAAACUUGUAACACCAUUUUCGUAUACAUUGGGCGAAGGUUCCAGAGACACACCAACGCCUUCAAAUACCAAAAGAAUUGUCAUGAACGUCACAGCCAUACCAUCUUAUAGAAAUUCCUCCAGCCCGGCCAGAAAACUUGUAACACCAUUUUCGUAUACAUUGGGCGAAGGUUCCAGAGACACACCAACGCCUUCAAAUACCAAAAGAAUUGUCAUGAACGUCACAGCCAUACCAUCUUAUAGAAAAUUUAUAUCAGCCUCCAAUAUAAACUCUCGGCAUACUACCUUGCAACUGGUGACUCAUGAGCCACUGGCACACAGUUCUUCCUUUUUACAACGGAAUUCAAAGAGCAAGGUCCAAGAAAAUCAAUUAACUUACCAAAGACCUUCGGUCUAUAACGCAUCAUUUCAUCACAUAUUCCUUACAAGCCACGUAAGAAGCCUUAAUGGUAGUCGCAUUUCUAUCUCCACAUCACCGUCUGUAGCGAUAUCUACUAAGCUAAACACUUCAGCUGUUCAGUCGACACUAAUAAAGUAUUCUUUCAGAAGAUCCAGCAGCAUUUUAAUAAACAGCUCUUUGCCCACCCUCUCCACGCAGUCUUUUUCAUUUUCAGUAAACUUGUCUGCAGUUGGCACUCUUGCAUCAAAAUAUAGCUCCAUUCAGUUUCUGCAAGUGUCACAUUCAAGAAACAACACAAUUUUAUAUCCAACCAUUUUGGAGGAAACAACAAUGAUCCCUCCGGUGACCUCAAAUUAUUCAACUCCAAUUAAAGUCAUGGACGGUUCACUAAUUAUAAAGGACAAAAGGUAUCACACCAAUCUGUCAAACCCCAACACAACGAUGUUCAAAACUUUAGCAGAUGAGAUUGAGACUAUCAUCAUACGCAUAAUUUCUUUCAAUAACACGGAUGUAUUGGGAGUCGAGGUAACAUCCUUUAAGAAUGGAAGCGUUAUGGUAUAUUUCGCCUUAACGGUGAAGUAUGAUUCGCCAUUCAAUGACCAGGAAUUUGCAAAUCUUUUAAGAGAAGCCAAUGGUACUCUUUGGCGUGGUUAUCUUGUGACUAACAUAACUGUAACUUUGAGAACCGUCGAAAAGGGAUCACAUGGACGUUCACAUGGUCAAGAGGAGGCAAAACUAUCUACACCUACCAUCACUGCCAUACUUUCAGUGCUCGCGGUGUUGUUAGUUGCUGUGGGAGGAUUUGGAGUUUACGUUUGUAAAAAGAAGGGCCUUUGUCCCAAGUCAAGAGUUAAGCCUGUGAAGUAAGUACUAGGCUACAGCUAAAAAGAAAAAAAAAAUGUUAGGAAAAAAUGAUAACUUCUGAAAGAUUGCUUCAAAUUAUCGGGGGCUCUAGAGAAAUAAUGGGAACAGUGACGGAAAUUUUCGAGUUGAAAUAUUGAACUAAAUGCCAUUUUGGGCGGCCGAAUGCCGGAAUAAUUAAUAGAGAAUACCAUUGUUGAAAUGCGUAGUCCACCUGAGCACUACCACAAAAACUAAAUUACCAAGUAAUGUAGGGGCUACCUUGUUAACGUCAACACAUUAGUCAGUUGUGCAUAAUAAAGGCAGCAGUCCGGCUGAACCAGUUAAAUAUUUUGUUCUUUAGUCUUAGUUAAGAAAAAACAUCAUGUUCAUGUUGCAUUUUGGUAAAUAAGGGACGAAGUAUACAUAUAUGAGCGAUUAUAACGGCAAAUAUCUAACAUUUGAAAACAUAGAUUGUAGUUCAGUGAAGUUUCCCUACGGGUUAAUACUAUAAGGGGUAAAUACCAUAAACGGAACAAAUAAAUAUAUUUCUUACUCUUGUUUCUAUCUAAAUUUUAAGUUCGCCGAUACCUACAUCAGAUCAAGAGAAAAUACAGACAGUUCACCGUGAUCAUGCUUGGGUAACGAACGAUGAGCCUUUUUUAAACGCCAACGUGCCAACUGACCCUAACGAUAAAAGAGAAACAUUAAGUAUGACAGUCUUGGAAAGAGAAGAAAAGCAGCUAGAAGAAAACGAUGACACAGGCGGGAAAAGUCUAGUACUUGAAUCUACGGAGACUGUUUCUGAGGAAGACUAUGACAAUACUGACGCCGCCAGUCGCCCCUCGUAA